AUGACCUCCACAAUCAAAGUCUCCCUCCCCCAUCUCGCCCAAUCCAUCGACCACUCCCUCCUCCACCCAACCCUCUCCGACGCCGCCCUCCGCGCCGGCCUCCUCCUCUGCCGCAACUCCUCCGUCGCCUCCGCCUGCAUCAAGCCCUACGCCGUGCCACUCGCCCGCUCCCUCCUCGCCGGCUCCCCUGUCCGCAUCUGCUCCGUCGUCGGCUUCCCGCACGGCUCGUCCUCGGCCUCGCUCAAGAUCACCGAGGCCGCCGAGGCAAUCACCGCGGGGGCCUCCGAGAUCGACAUGGUCAUCAACAUCGGCAAGGCCCUCAGCGGCGAGUGGAACUACGUCGAGCACGAGAUCGAGGCCGUCAACCGCCUCGUCACCGCAAAGGGCGCCAUCUUAAAAGUCAUCUUCGAGAAUGACUUUUUGCAGGACGAGCACAUUGUCAAGCUCUGCCAGAUAUGCACCGACCAGGGCGUGGCCUUCAUCAAGACCAGCACGGGCUAUGGCUUCGUCAAGCAGCCCAAUGGCUUUUACAGCUACCAGGGUGCCACGCCGCACCAUCUCAAGCUGAUGAGGAAACAUGCUGGCCCCAAAGUGCAGAUCAAGGCCGCGGGGGGCGUGAGGACGUUGGACGAGCUGCUUUAUGUGCUAUCGCUGGGAGUGACGCGGGUUGGCGCCAGUGCCACGGAGGCUAUCCUGGAAGAGGCCAGAGCAAGAGGCAUUGGCGAGACUGAAGUUGAAGUCGAGGUAAAAACACCUCUGGGAUUGCAGGAGGGCGCAUAUUGA